GGAGCCCAAACGAGGGCUUAAAUGAACCAAACAAGUGCCAAAAAUCCCAACUUCGAACUUGCCGUUGCGUUUCCUCGAGACGACGUGAGGUCGACCGUUGGAACCAUUCAGGCAACAAAUCUCUCUCGCUCCGUCAAUUAAAUCCGUUAGAGAAUAUGAUGGAUUCUCGCCAUGCAUCACUGGGUCGGCGAACGCUGGAAGAAAUUCGACAAAAGAGAGCAGCUGAAAGAUUGAGCAAAGCAUCCUCGGGACCAGAUCUUACCAAAGCUCCCAUCGCAGAUGUUGUGGGAAUGAAAAAAUCAGAGAGCGGAAAUAGACUCUCGGAGAAUGAUAUCAGUGGAUUAGUAUCACAGUUAAAAGAUAUGCAACAGAGGAAUGCGGAGCUUGGAGAAGUAAAUAGGAACUUGACCUCCACGCUUGAUGCAAAAGAAAUUGAGAAUGACAUGCUGCAGAAGCGAGUCAGUGAUCUGGAGCAGAACACUGUCCCAUCACUGAGAAAAGCUCUCAGGGAUAUUGCGAUGGAAAAAGAUGCCGCAGUUGUUGCUCGGGAGGAUUUGUCAGCACAGCUUCGCACAUUAAAGAAAAGACUGAAAGAAGCAGAAGAAGAGCAGUACCGUGCUGAGGAGGAUGCGGCUGCAUUGAGAGCAGAAGUGAAUUCGUUACUACAGCAAUCAAUGAGUGAUCCUCUAGCCAGUGUAACCGCUACAGGAUAUCCACCUGAUCGCAUUCAAGCCAUGGAAAAUGAACUAGCCAGUUUAAAGUCUCAGUUUGAGAAAGAGUCAAUGAUGAGGCAGCAAGAGCAGCAACAGUUAGCAGAGGAGCAACUGCGGACAUCUGCCCUUAUUCUUCAAAAGCAGGAGUUGGAAGAAAAACUUGCAGCGAUGUCCAGAACGAGCUCAGAGGAAGUCACAGAAAAAUCAAAAACAUUCUCAGUGGAAGACAAGGAGAAACUCGAGAAGCAAUUGCAUGAUAUGGCAGUAGCUAUUGAGAGAUUAGAAAGUAGCAGGCAAAAACUUAUGAUAGAGAUUGAUUCUCAGUCUUCUGAAAUAGAGAGGCUUUUUGACGAGAAUUCUAGUCUCUCAACUGCUUAUCAGGACUCAGUAGGAUUAGUGGCUCACUGGGAGAAUCAGGUGAAAGAUUGUUUGAAGCAAAAUGAGGAACUCCGUGGUAUGUUAGAUAAGUUGCGUGCAGAACAAACCAGUUUACCGACUCCGAAUGAUAGAAUUAUCCAGAUAGGUCUUCUGGAAGCCAGGGAGGAAGGAGAAGGCUCCCAAUAUGCAUCUGAUUUUUUGAGUCUCAAGGGCCAACUUGCUAAAGAACAAAGCAGAGCCGAGGCUUUGUCUGCAGAGGUCUUGCAGCUCUCAGUACGCCUCCAGCAAGCUACACAAGCAUAUAAUGGUCUUGCGCGCCUCUAUAAACCUGUCCUGCGGAACAUAGAGAACAGUCUUAUAAAGAUGAAGCAAGAUGGCUCUGUGCCUGUACAAUAAAAAUGGAAAAUAUGUGUAUACGUUCAUGGUUAGUAAUUCUUUUUUGGCAAAAUUUUUUGAAUUGGUUUGUCAUUGAAAUCUAGUGUUCGUCAUUGCUUAGCUUGUUUCUGCCAAGGCUGGCCACAAAUUAUGAACGAACCAAGCACGUCGAAGAUUUGAAUUCUGACAAUGACAAAUUAUCUUGAUUCGAUGGCACUUCGCAAUUUUGAACAUCGACAUUGAUGAUUCAUGCAUAUGAUAGAUAUUUUAGAACAUGUCAAUCUAGUUUGGAUGUACUUGAACUACAGUUAUGUAUCUAGUUAUUAUGUGAGCUGCUUAUCAUUUGAUAUUUGUUAUGACAAUUGUAAAUGGACAAAUUAAUUAGAAGAUUACAAAUUGAUUGCUGAUAAAAAGAAA